AUGUACCUUCAAGUACAAGUGCGGCCCGAAGAUCGUAAAUAUCAAAGAAUUCUGUGGCGUGACGAGCAAGGUCAAAUAAACACUUAUGAGCUGAACACAGUCACCUUUGGCCUAUCAGCCUCUCCGUUUCUGGCCAUACGAAGCUUGCAUCAACUCGCAAUGGACGAAGCGGAACAAUUUCCCUUGGCAGCAGAUAUCCUCCGACGGGACUUAUACGUCGACGACCUGCUCACGGGAGCUCUGACCCUCGAAGAAGCCACCAGACUUAGAGACGAAAGUAUUGCUUUAUUGCAUCGAGGCAAAUUCAACUUGCGACAGUGCGCGUCAAAUUCGACUGACCUCCUGUGCGGCCUGACGGAUCAAUCGAUCAAUUUACAACUACAAUCCGGCGAUGACAAAACAUUGAAGACUUUAGGUAUUUAUUGGAACUCACAACAAGACGCCAUCAUUAUUACUGUGAAGAAAAUUGCGAUUCCCAAUAAAAUUACAAAAAGAAUUGUUCUUUCCGAAGUCGCGAAAAUCUUCGAUCCUCUGGGACUGCUCCAACCUGUCAUUGUUACGGCUAAACUUAUCAUGCAGCAAUUAUGGAAACUGGAGCUGGCUUGGGAUGAAACGCUACCCACCAAUAUUCACACUGAAUGGGUCGAUUUUUCGUCACAUCUUUCCGAAUUACACAACCUGACAUUCAGGCGGAAAAUAGUAUCCAGCAAUUCCGAAAAAAUACAACUCCAUGGCUUUUGCGAUGCUAGCGAAAAGGCAUAUGGAGCUUGUGUAUAUUUGCGAUCAACAAACUCUUCAGGAGAAGUGUAUUCUCAACUUGUCUGCGCAAAAUCAAGAGUCGCUCCAAUGAAAAGGGUACAGACGAUACCCCGUCUCGAACUUUGCGCGGCUAAGCUGCUAACAACCCUCCAUAAAACCGUUAUGGAGGCGCUCAAUGUACAAAUAGAUCGUUCGAUAUUCUGGACUGAUUCUACGAUUGUACAACACUGGAUCAAUACAUCCCCCCAUAAAUUGAAAACAUUUGUCGCGAAUCGAAUUGCCGAAAUACGACAAGCUACAAAUCCGGACGAUUGGAGACACGUACGAUCGCACGAGAACCCUGCCGAUCAAUCAUCUAGGGGUCAAUCGCCGGAAGAAUUUUUACGAAACGAUCUCUGGAGAACGGGUCCAUCCUGGUUAAAGGAAGAAGAAAGCACAUGGCCGAACUUCAAGAUUCAAAUUCCAACACUGGACGAGGAAAUGAGAAAGGACUUGUGCUUCACCGUUGCCGUCAACAACCACGAAAUUCUCGAGCGAUAUUCUUCGAUUCGCAAAUUACGACGGAUACUAUCGUAUUGUUUACGAAUGAAAAAGGAUAAUCAAUUUAAGGGCAUUCCUACCGUUCAAGAGAUCCGACAAACUAAUCAACGGAUAAUCAAAUUGGUUCAAUCUAGCAGCUUCAUGCAAGAAAUCCACGAUCUACAGAACGGAAAACCCCUCAACUCGAAAAGUCGGUUGUUAUCACUCAGUCCAUUUCUCGACGAAGCCGGAAUUUUACGUGUCGGAGGAAGACUGCGACACGCAGACAUAUCACACAAUCAACGUCAUCCUAUUUUACUUCCAAAGUCGAAUCAUAUAACCAACCACAUUAUUGAAAACGACCAUCAAUCUCAUGGCCAUGCAGGCGUCUAG